AUGACUUCUGUCCCCACAGCCAACUGGAACAUGAGCAUGAGCAGCAGGGGGAACGUGAGCCUUGCUGCAGCAAGUGAUGCCUGGGGACAGGCACUGGGAGCACCAGCUGGAAAUGCUUCUCCCCCCAUAGCAUCCUCACCAAGCAACUUCUCCAAUCAGUUUGUACAACCCUCUUGGCGCAUUGCCCUGUGGUCUCUGGCUUAUGGUGGUGUGGUGGCAGUGGCUGUUUUCGGAAAUCUCAUUGUCAUCUGGAUUAUCCUGGCUCACAAGCGCAUGAGGACAGUGACAAACUACUUCCUGGUGAAUCUGGCCUUCUCUGAUGCCUCCAUGGCUGCUUUCAAUACCCUCAUCAACUUCAUCUAUGCACUGCACAGUGAGUGGUACUUUGGAGAGGCUUACUGCCGCUUCCACAACUUCUUCCCAAUCACAGCUGUCUUCGCCAGCAUCUACUCCAUGACAGCAAUAGCUGUGGACAGAUACAUGGCCAUUAUUGAUCCCUUGAAACCUAGGCUCUCUGCAACUGCUACCAAGGUGGUCAUUGGGAGCAUAUGGAUUUUGGCUUUCCUGUUGGCCUUUCCCCAGUGCCUAUACUCCAUAACCAAGGUGAUGCCUGGGAGAACUCUUUGCUAUGUAGCAUGGCCAGGUGGUCCAAAACAGCAUUUUACGUAUCAUAUCAUUGUGAUUGUGCUGGUCUACUGCUUUCCACUGCUUGUCAUGGGCGUCACUUAUUCCAUGGUGGGAAUUACCCUCUGGGGAGGAGAAAUACCAGGUGACACAUCCAACAAAUAUCAUGAGCAGCUCAAAGCUAAAAGAAAGGUAGUAAAAAUGAUGAUUGUGGUUGUGCUGACAUUUGCCAUCUGCUGGCUGCCCUACCACAUUUACUUCAUAGUCACUGGUAUCUAUCAACAAUUAAACCGGUGGAAAUACAUUCAGCAAAUCUAUUUAGCCAGCUUUUGGCUUGCCAUGAGCUCUACAAUGUACAAUCCCAUUAUCUACUGCUGUCUUAAUAAGAGGUUCCGAGCUGGCUUCAAGCGAGCUUUCCGCUGGUGCCCCUUCAUUGAAGUGUCCAGCUAUGAGGAGCUAGAGCUCAAGGCAGCCCGGUUCCAUCCCACCCGGCAAAGCAGCCUAUAUGCUGUGUCCAGAAUGGAGUCCAGCAUGACAGUGGUGUUUGACACUAAUGAUGGAGACAGCAUGCACGCCAGCCACAAGAAAAGAGCACCUCCGAGGGACUUGAAUUUUAAUGGUUAUUCACAGAGGAAUUCCAAGACCGUCUCCACAGCCUCAAGUCUCAUCAGUUCACUGCACACUUCAGCAGAUGUUUAUUCCUAAACAUUUCAUGGUGACAGCUGCUAGAAGGACAGCACUGGACAAUCGUCUCCUACUUUGGGACUAGAUAUUCAUACCACGGGAAAGCAAAACAGAUUCCACUGACAAAUUCCAGCUAUAAAUGUUGUGAGACUUUUAUGUAUCACUCACUUUUUUGCUUUGGAGAGAAAGAGGAACUCGAAGACAUGCAUAUGCCUCAGUCCAAAAGCACAAUUGCACCUUA